AAGACCAUCAGCCUCAGGCGCCCGAUGAGUGGCAGUAGAAAGAGGCCCACCUGUACAGUGCCCGCGGAACAUUCGCAGGCUAGACAGGCGGCCGAGGAUAACUGUGCCAAUAAAGAGCGACCGCCUUCGAUUUACUGAUAAGCCUCUCAACAAAACGAAGCCCACACGAAGCUCCAUCUAUUCUGAUCAGUUGUGCCGAAUACUUUGGAAGAAACGAACGUGUAGCUGCUGAGAAAAUACAAAGGCAGAUCAAAGAAUCGGAGGUGUACAUACUAUAUAGUGCAGCUAUACUAAACAUAGCUAGAAGUCAUUUUCUUAUAGUCAUUUUCAAGGAAACAGAAAAAAUGGAAAGUUUCUGGCUGGAGGUAAAAUCGCUGCUAAAGACCCUGCUCUGCUUUGUGAUUGCUUUGAUGCUGAUGCCUCUGUUGCUGUUAUCGUUUCUCUGCGCACACUUCACCAACGAACUAUCCAACUAUGUGCUGAGCAUCAAGUACCCGAACCUUACCAUCUCAAAGUCCAAGAAGAUCCGGACCUUAAUCGACACGCCGAAGAAUGCGGGCGUAUUUCACUUUUUGCUUCAAGUGGAGGGAAAUUGUGACUUCGAGAAAAUCAAGAUGUCCUAUGCCCAAUAUCUAACUGAUCUAAGAGACAAAACUGGGAUGCUAAGGUUUCCCAAGCUGCGUCAAAAACUCGUCCCUUGUUGGGGGCAUUAUGCGUGGGUUAAUGAUAGCAGUGGCUUCAACAUCAACAAUCACGUGCUGCUUAGUACCCACAAAUACCGAGGACGUCCAGUCACAGAAUCCAAUAUUCAGGAUUAUGUCAGCGAACUGGCUACCAAGUAUAUACCCUCAGAUCUUCCGCAAUGGCAAGUGAUUGUAAUUCCCAACUCGGACAACACUCAACCCUAUUAUAUACUUAUCAAACUGCAUCAUCUGAUAAUUGCCGAAGAGGAAGACUUGCACGUGAGUGAGAUGCUUCUCCUCCAGGAUCCGCACAAGAAAACCCUGAUGACUCUGAACGACGGAUUGGGUCCGAGUUCGAAUCAACAACUGUCUCAUUUCGUACGAAAACCCGAACACAUCAGCAGACUGAUAAGUCACAUAAUGCAUCUUGUCAUCUGCCGUUGGCAGAAAUUCAUCUACGAAUUUGAAUCUCUCGAAACUCCCGACGGCUCUUCGUCUAGUGUUCAAGUUAAAAACCUCAGUCAGUUGGCUUCUUUGGUUUUAAUUGUCCUAGUAAAUGUGAUUUUGGGCUUUAUCAGGAGUCGUUCUGUGCUAAGGAAACUUAAAAAACGUUCAGUUACUUACCGAAACGAAGUGGGUCGCUUUCAAACAAUACGUUUGCUAUUGAAUAAGGAGUUAGAGCAAAGAAAUCUCAGUUGGUGGGUGGCCAGAACGGCCAUAUAUCACAGCUUGCAGCCAACUAAUUUGGCCAAAGUUUGGACCCGAUUUCUUUGGCGCUUAAAUCUCAACCAUGUUUUGCUUUUACCCUAUCACAUUUACUGUGAGUUUUUGGCCUUUGGUGAUGUCUUAAUUAAAGGACAAACUUCCUAUACUUCAACCUAUUGUGCUAGACUUCAUUUAUAUGUACCCCUCGUACUUUAUGCCCAAUUAGAGUUUUUCAAAAUUCUCUGGGAGCUUUUUCAGGCCCCAAGAAACAUUUACGAAGUACUUUUUGAGCAGCCCACAAAGGAGUUAAACAUACUUCAUAAGAAAUCAUAUGCAGGCAGGAAAAUCGUAUCCUUUGGGCGUUCUUUGAAUGGCGCCCAGCUUAGGAGUCGCAAUCUGGGUAAAUUUAAUAACGAUCUCAGGGAAUCAGAUUUUAGUUUAACUUGCCUAGCAGGCGCUGUUCACGAUUACUUUGACACUUUCUCGGGAGAUAUGAAUGUACCUAGCUUCUUAAACACCACUUGCAGGACCAUAGAUAAAGGGUACUUCACAGAUCGCAGUGGAGAUAAAUCGAAAAAUAUUGGGGGCGUGGUCUUCCUGCAAUUGCCCUUAAGAAAACCCGAUGCGAAUCAUGUAAAAGAGUUACAUCAAAUUGUUGAAAGGAUCAGAAAGCAACAGAUCAUGAUAUAUUUAGCUUCGAUUGGUCAGACAAAGUAUAGCCUUCUCACAUCCCUCUUACCCCAUGUUAUCACAAAAAUUUUUAUCAAUUUUUUCUCGUACAACUUCCCCAUCACAAUCACUGAGAUCUAUGGAGAUACGGAUGAAUUUCAGUCGGCUUGGGGACAAAAGGUUCAGGAUGUCCUUCUCUUUCGACCUCCUCAAUCAAAGACCUGCCUUUCCUUAAAUCUGCAUCGCUUUGGUGACAAGUAUAGAUUGGCUGUAAUGGCGGAUACUCAUCUGGCACCGGAUCACACAAUCAUAACAAGGUCGUUUGAACAAUACAUGGAAACAAUCACUCUCUAACUAGAAAUAAUCUUCUCCUACUUUUUCGGGGAAUGGGAAUAUAUAUUCAUAACGUACACAAAAAAAAACUAUUUAUCCAACAUUUAAUUUUGUAAGAAUUAAUUUUUGUACUCUUCAAAAAUACAUAUA